AUGUAUAAAUCCAACUAUGGACACCACCAGGACCCAUACAGUCGCCCGAACACAAUGUGGCAGUCGGGAAGGCUUCCAAUGGAUAGUCCAUUGUGGAAGAACGAGAAGCCUUGGCUUCAACGGCUAGGGUCCAAUGCAGUUAUGUUGGUGGAGGACAUGAAGAAUGCCGUGGUGCAAUUCCUGCCCGCCUCAAACCGUCGGUCCAACCGAACCCUCACUGCUGCGCCCAACAACUCGAAUAUCGCCUUUAUCUUCAUGUGCGGCCUCUGGUACACGUCGUCCGCUCUAUCGUCAAACACGGGCAAGGCUAUCCUCACCCAAUUCCGCUACCCGAUCACCCUCACCUUUGUCCAAUUCGGUUUCGUAGCGGCCUAUUGCCUGCUAUUCAUGUCACCCCUCGUCCGCUUCACCCGCUUCCGCCCACCGACGAAGGAGAUUGUAUUCAGCACUUUUCCCAUGGGCCUGUUCCAGGUCGGAGGCCAUAUCUUCUCCAGUAUUGCCAUUUCCAGGAUCCCUGUUAGCACUGUACACACCAUCAAGGCACUGUCCCCGUUGUUUACCGUUGCGGCUUAUGCCCUACUAUUCGGUGUCAGCUACUCCACCAAAACCUACAUUUCCCUCCUCCCCCUCACCAUCGGUGUCAUGCUGGCGUGCUCGUUUGAUGUUUCUGCAUCCAAUGCCGUUGGCCUUUUGUGCGCAUUUGGAUCAGCUUUGGUAUUCGUUAGCUCGAAUAUCUUCUUCAAGAAGAUCAUGCCCACAAACCCCUCGGGAUCGUCGGCCCCUUCGCAUAAACUCGACAAGCUCAACCUCCUCCUUUACUCCUCUGGGAUGGCCUUCUUAUUAAUGAUUCCGUUGUGGCUCUAUCAUGAUCUUCCCGUCCUUCUCGCCAGCCGAAACCACAAUCACGUCGUCCACCCAAGUCACGGACACGAACCCCGCCAUUCAGUGUCCUACUACUUCUUCAUGAACGGAACUGUACACUAUGCACAGAACCUCAUUGCGUUCAUCCUCCUUUCCUCGACAUCACCCGUUACUUAUUCUAUCGCUUCGCUCAUCAAGCGGGUGGCCGUCAUCUGCAUUGCCAUUGUGUGGUUUUCGCAGCGAAUCCACCCCAUCCAAGCCUUUGGAAUCUGCCUCACCUUUGCUGGUUUGUACAUGUACAACAAUGCCAAAGGUGACGUGGAGAAGGGGGAGAAGAAGAUUCGAAGGAUGGAAGCCGUCAACAGCCUCACGCUGCCCAGCACCAAGGAGGAUUCGCGGAUGAUGAUGGGGACGGACACUCCUCCCGAGUUCGAGGUGACGGAGACGACCGGGUUGGGGUCGGGCACUUACAAUCCCAGCACCUACAGCCGCGCACGUGGGCUCUCGCUUUCAUCGAAAGACGGACAGGGCCUCUACCACAAUACUUCAUCAUAUCCCCACCACCGAACUCCCCAGGCGCCACCCACGAACUCUUUCGUCAAAACUGUCGACGCACGUUUGCAAUCUAUGAAAGAAGAGCCGGAACACUUUAGGAAGAACUCGUACCCAUCCCCUCCGCCUUCUGUCGAUUCGCAUUCCCCUCCCGUGCGCAAUGCCCCUCUUCCGAAGAAUGUUGGUUAUGCAGGGAUGCAGCAUUACAACCGCGUCGCGGCUGUUGCUGGAUGAUAUUUUACGAUUGUGAUGUGAUAUCUUUGAUCAUAUGGAUUGUACUUUACAAGGACUUUGACGAUACUUAAUUGUAGUUUGGAAUGUAGACCGAUGUUUUCGAUGUUUGCGUAGUUUGAGGUAGAGCUGUGGGAGUGAGCCUCGAGAAGAUGGGGAAUGGAUAUGUUC